AAUAAGGCCAUGGAUGGGAAUAGUUUGCUUCUCCGAAUCUAUUGUAUCAUCAUUGUUAAUGCGCUCUGGUUCACGGUCCUCCUUGAAAAUCCCCUUGAUCUCAAUCAGAAAAUAUUAAUUAUGGCAACAGUGAUGGACAUACCCUCUCAUCCAAUUAAUCAUGGCAACACUUUGAAAUAAUCAACAAAUUUGACACCAUGCUUCACCCACAUUAGAUGGCGUAGGCCAAAAGUUCACGUACGUACAGUAACAAAGUCUUUGUACUUCAUUACUUCCCACUUCUGAUGUUUAAUCAUAAAAAAUAUAGUCACAGAAUGCAUUUUGGGGGGGUAAUUUUUGAAAAAAAUUAGGCUAGCAGAAUACUUCAUCCUUCUUUCUUUUUUCCCCCUUCAAAUCGGGUCAAUUUGACUCACAACACAACAGGAGGCUUAAAAUUCUAAGGACUAGCACAGGGAGCAUGAGGUGGACCCUGCGGUUUAGUAUGUUGUUAUUCUGCCCAUAUACGGCGCCGACGUCAGCAAACCGUCUGCAUCAGUACCACCACUGAGCAGAAAGGGCAUCAUUAGUUUCCACGGCAACACUGACAUAGCCAGUGACGCAGAGGCGACGGAGAAAGGUGAAUGGGUUCUGCAGUGUGGCUGGUGUAGGCGGCUGAUGGGACGUGUUAUUGUGCUUGAGUGGGAGGGCUGUCAUUCAUAAGAAUGAAUCAGUGUUGGCGUUUGUAACAUUAGGAGCCUGCAUUUGAAUAGGCACAUGUUCAGCCUGUAUAUUGUGAAAAGAAACAAGUCCUCCACCCUAUGCCGAGCAUAUUUUCUCCACGGUGCCACUUAACAGCCGCAUAGUGUCCAGCUUGUGAGUCAUUUCGCAACCAAAUGGGUGUGGAUUGCACCGAAAGUGAAAAAAAGUAUUUCCCGUAAAAAGCUGAGAUUAGCUCCACUUUAAUGACAACAAACUGAGCACAUUUGUCCUCUUAAGCGUACAAUGGUGAAUAUGUCACUUUGUGUGAGACACGUCCCCCUCCCACUGCCUUUAGGGUGCCCUUUGACUUAUAUACACUCCCUCGGGAGACGCCAACUAGUCAUGCACAUUGUCACCAACACCCUGUGUCACGCUGGAACCUGUUCCUAGCUGAGCUGCACCACUACAACGGAUGCCGGGCAGUCGCACACACACCCACAAGCCAGUUUUUAUUGGGAAAGGGCCUGAAAUGGCCCCGUUAUACUCACUAGCCUCUCAGUUGUUUGGAAGUAGCCUCUAAAACAGGUAACACAUAACAUCUGAAAUGAUUUUCCAAUUUUUUUCUUAAUGCUCUUGUGGUCUCAUGGUGUAAUGUAGAUGACCAACACAGCACACCACACCACACAACAUUAUCUCCACAGGCAAUUGCGAGACUCUUCUCCCGAACCAGAUGUCUGUCGUAGUACCACAACUGAUCUGUGAGUGGCAACGGGUUGCCACAGAGCAUCCGGACGGCCAGAAAAUUCAGAGAAGAACUACAGCGGUACCUUAAGUUACUACCUUAACUUAUGUAUCUGCCCCAACAUUUAGGGUCCGAAACAGGUCAGACGAUCUUAAAUGCUGAACGUGUUCAAUUGUAUUGCUGUUUUUGUUUCUUUAUUGAACCACAAACAACAUGGUGCGAUUGUCAAUGAAGGAGUAAACUAUUUUACAGUAAUAAUACAGAGAGAGGAAAUGGGUGUGAAGUAAAGGAGAAUGUUUGUAUAUUUGAGAAGCUGUUGGCUCCAUUCGUUGACUGCACUUUUGCAUUUUAGCGACAAAGACUCCCCACGCUUCGGUUUCCCUCCCCUCCCAGCCGCAGGUACGUAUGAAAUUUUAAAUACAACGCUGAGGUCAGCUGAGCCACGGACUUGGAUAAUGUCGUGGGUCGAAAACCUGCAGCUACAAUUUUUCACAAUUGUUCUAAUUGAAGUCACGUCACUCACGUAAAACGUACUUUAUUUAUUUAUUUUUUUCUAGGAGGAAAAUAAUUCUUAACAGUGUUUUAUGCAACCUUUUUCUUCCUCAGUCAUCAUUCUAUGUACGUACAAUGCUUUUCACUGUGUUGUGUUGCGUCUGUCUGUCAUUCUUUUUUGAGUAGUGUUAAUUGUAGUAUGCAUCCCAGUCCAGGUGGUGGCAGUAUAGGCACAUCCGCGGGCUUGAAUUGAUUUAAGUGCGUCACGUCCGGUCCACUACGAGUCAGAUGACGGUGCGCCGAUGUUUGUGGUGGAGUUCAUCUCCUUCACAGUCAAUAACAACCAACCAGGAUGGCAAAUAAGAAGAAAGUUAUAGUCACAGGCUUUGAGCCAUUUGGAGAACAUGCUGUGAACUCCAGCUGGGUGGCAGUACGGGAACUGGAGCGUUUGGGGCUGGAUGAGGCUGUAGAUCUUUAUGUAUGUGAGGUGCCUGUGGAAUACCAGGCAGUGCAGAGUCUCCUUCCAUCUCUGUGGGAACAACACCUACCACAGAUGGCACCAGAUGACGCCCAAGCAAUACUGGUAGGCCAGUUUUACAGCAAAAGACAAAAGUUAGUAGUCCAUGUUGGUGUGUCAGGUUUGGCAACCACAGUCACUCUGGAACAGUGUGGCCACAACAAGGGGUACAAACGCCCGGACAACUGUCGCUUCUGCCCAGCUUCGCAAUGCUGCAUGGAGGACGGGCCUGACUGUAUCAGCUCUCUGCUGGACAUGGACACAGUCUGCGAGAGGGUCAAUGACUCAAACGUAGGGGUCGCUGUGUCAGUGUCCAAGGAUGCUGGAAGAUACCUGUGCGACUACACCUACUACUCAUCUCUGUUCCUGGGUCACGGCCGCUGUGCCUUCAUCCACGUGCCUCCGCUGGGAAAACCCUACAGCAGCCAGCAGCUGGGCCGAGCCCUUCAGGCUGUAGUACGGGAGAUGCUGACGCUCCUGGAGGUGGCGAACACUGAGGAGGAGGAGCAAUGUAAACAUUCACAUUAACAGCAGCAUGGCUACCUCUGACGCCUAGAAUUAUCUCAUUGGUAUUAUUCCUCACACGAUGAUGGUGUGACACUUUUAAACUACAUAUAGAGAUGAUUUAUGAGAUUGAUAUUGGUUUAAGGAACCUAAAAUUGAUACUUUUAAAGCCUGUAUGAAGGUUUGUUUUGACAAACGAUUUCCAUGCACUUCUAUUGCACCAUACUAGCGUUGCUUGGGACAUGAAAAAAAAAAGUCAAUGCAAUGAGGAUUUACUGAUCUCAGGGAGAAUACUGAGCAUGCAAUCAAUAUUUAAAGUUAAUGAUUCAAUGUGUCUGUGAUUUAUGCAGAAAGUGGCUGCAUUAUUGUAUAUUAAAAUAUAUUGCAGUA